AUGUUGGGUCUCAGAGACAUCCUCCUCAUUGCUCCAACUCCUUCCAUGCACCAACAGAACCAACCCAUUUCCUCUGACCUUCCCCUGCCUUCAUCCACCACUCUUGGUGUUGGCCUUGGCAUUUUCCCUCUUCUUACUGCCACCCCAUGUGCUCCACAUGCACCUACAACAGCUGAGGUUAAUUCUGACAGUUCACAUUUUUGGGGCCUCCGGAGAUGCCAAGAAUUGAACCCUUCUAAGCAAGACAUGCUGAAUUUUGGCAACCAUGGUGCUCAAAAUGAACAGGUUGUGGAAUGUGAAGGUCAUAAUAAUAAUAAUGAAAAUGAAGGUGGUGGUGGUGGUGAGAGUUCUAAAAUGAAGGCUUGCAAGGACUGUGGAAACAAGGCAAAGAAGGGUUGUGAGUACGGGAGGUGCAGGACUUGUUGCAGAGGACGCGGCUAUGACUGCUCUACUCACGUGAAGAGCACCUGGGUCCCCGCGGCGAGGCGGCGAGAGCGGCAGAUGGGGGUGACGGUUGCUGUUCCUGGUGUUGGUGGUGGUGGUGGUGGUGGUGGUGAAGGUUCUUCUGGGUCUUCUUCUGUUGCCAAAAGACCAAGAGUUGUGGUGCCAUCACAGAAUGCAAAUGCUAAUAUCAAACAGUCGUUACCAGAUAAAGUUCGUGCACCAGCAGUUUUCAGGUGCCACAGAGUCACUGCCAUCAGUAAUGGUGCAGCUGAGUUAGCCUAUCAAGCGACAGUGAAAAUUAGCGGGCAUGUAUUCCAGGGGUUGCUUUAUGAUCAUGGGGUUGAUAAGAACAAUGCAUUCCCAUGUAUUUCACCAUCGCACUUGGAAACUGAUACAAACCAAAGGAAUGGAGACUCUGCUUCUACUCCACCUCUUCCUCCAGCAACUGCCUGUCUGACUUCCACCAGCUGA